GCCUCCUUCCUGUUGGUCAAGCUCACAGUUAUUAUUAUAAUGAGCAAAGAAUGGGCGGUGGUGGGUAGGGUUUUAGGAUACAGAUUCUGUUAGUACUUUUGGGAUGAGGGUUGGCGCUGUUUUCCUGUCACACGGGCCUGGGAAGCUUUGGUUUAGGGAAUGGCAGCGGCUAGUUCUACGUGUGGAUCAGAUUAGAACAAAAGAUAGAGUAGAGCCGAGUGUGAUGGCUGGUGCACGCCUUUAAUCCCAGCAUUCGGGGGCUGAGGCAUGCGGAUCUCUAUGAGGAAACUGAGGCCCAGAGAGGUUAAGUGUAUUGGCCAAAGUCAAACAGCUAGUAAGUGAUGGAGCCAGGACUCAAACUCAGGGGCCAUGUCCACCCUGUUCCCGUCACUGUUCCCUCGUGUGACUGAGACACUGUGGUUUAAUCUGGAUCGACCCUGUGUGGAGGAGACAGAGCUGCAGCAGCAGGAGCAGCAGCAUCAGGCCUGGCUCCAGAGCAUCGCAGAGAAAGACAACAACCUGGUACCUAUUGGCAAGCCAGCCUCAGAGCACUAUGAUGAUGAAGAGGAAGAGGAUGAUGAAGAUGACGAGGACAGUGAAGAGGAUUCAGAAGAUGAUGAGGACAUGCAGGACAUGGAUGAGAUGAAUGACUAUAAUGAGUCCCCUGAUGAUGGAGAGGUCAACGAGGUGGACAUGGAAGGCAACGAACAGGAUCAGGACCAGUGGAUGAUCUAGGUAGACAAGCCAAGGUGGCCUCAGGGCGAUUCCAGGCCACCCCAGCCUAUCUUACAUCCACAGCCUCAGCCCCUCAGCCUGCAGAACCAGCUGUGUUGUAGUGUCUAAAGCUUACCCUUAGGCACUGUCUCUGCUGCUUCCAGGACAAUGUCUCCUUGGGCCCUCCCAGGCCAUCAGUCUUCCCUUGAAUCCCGAGAGCCUGAGCCCAUCCCACCUUCCUGGCUGGUACCUCAUUCCUUGGUUGCCAGGUGUGGUCUCUUUCUAAACCUCUUUAAUAAAGACACAGGACUGAUUCUUUUCCCCAAUGUCUAUUCCCUGUUUGUUGGUGGGACCCAGAGGAGUCCAGUUAUCUUUUCUUGGACAGUGGGAAGGGGUCAUUUAAGGGAUCUCAGGCAAACCUAAUAGACCAGGUGGGCUAGGAUCGGAGGCCAGGCUUCUGUGAUUGAUAAUUCUUGUGGCCUAGCUUGCACCUGGAUGCUCUACGGGGCCUCAUUGUCUGCAGCUGCCUCUGAUUACAUCCAGAAGCUGUCUGAGUCCCACAGCUGGGAGGCUCUGGGGGCUCUGCCAGCCAGCUGUCUUCUUUUUGUUGUAAUUUAUUUAUGCCUAGAGAUUUUUUUGUAUGUAUGUGUGUAUGUAUAUCACAUGUGUGCCUGUGCCAUGUGAGUGCUGGAAAUUGAACCUGAGUCCUCCAGAUAGGGAACAGCAGCCAGUGCUCUUAACUGCUGAGCCAUCUUUCCAGCCCUUAGUAUUAAGAGAAUAAGCAAUCUCAGAAGAAGGAAGGACUCACCUGGAGGGAGCAGUCAAUAACAGAACAAGGGCUCAGGACUUCUGGUUGCAGUCUCCAGUUUUCUAGGAGAGGAUCUUGUGGGACCAAGAAGACUGAUAGAAUUUGACACUUUGGAUUGAUAUGGAGGUUGGGGGCAGGCCAAGUUGAGAAGAAAGCUUCCCCAGCCUGAACUUAGCAUAUGCUGGACACUAAACAGAAAGGGAAAGGGGAUAUUCUGAGGUCCUUGCUUGAGUGGGGUUGAGGUUGUAUCAGUAAAUAUCCCAGGUGCUGGAUCUCAGCCAGGUCCAGCAUAGGUGAGUUGGGCUAUGCCAUCCUUGAUGGCAGGGAAGUCUGGGAGGCUGGUGUGGUGGAGGCGACAGCGAUAGCGGCCGCAGCUCUUUGUGUACUGUAGGAAGCGGGGUGCACCAGGGAAAAGCACAUGGUCAGCCAAUACAGUGGCACCACUUGGGAGUAGAGCAUGGGCUUCCAGGAGCUGCAGAUCCCGUAGAUAAUAUCGAGGUCGAUGUGCCAGUAGCACCAGAUCUGCCCGAUUCAGCUGGUACUGAGCUCUUAGGCGUGGG